AUGGCUCGACCGGAAGACACCGAAUCGGAAGAAGACCCGGAUGGCGAUUGGAUACCCGGCACGGCAGCAAGGGCAGACCGAAAAGCGAAAGGAGCUCAGACAGAUCGGGCCAAGGCUGCCGGCCCGCAGAAGAAGCACAAGAAGAAAGCAACAGCCUACGCCAGCAAAGACGGAGAAGGAUACUCCUGGGAGGAAGAAUACAAGCGGAGUUGGGACAUUCUGAGGGAAGACGAAUCUGGCAGUCUCGAAAGUGCGGUCAACCAACUGAUUGCAAACAAACGCCGGAGAGUCAUACGUGAUACCACUUCGAUUCAACGCGGGAUCAUCAGGCAUCUCUGUUUGAUAAUAGAUGUUUCGCUCGCCAUGACCGAUCGCGACCUUCGUCCGAACCGACUGGAUAUGUCGCUUAAUUAUGCCCAGGAAUUCGUCACAGAGUUCUUCGAUCAGAAUCCAAUCAGUCAAUUAUGUAUCCUCAUCACGAAGGACGCAAUUGCCGAAAGGUUGAGUGGUUUAUCAGGAAAUCCAUUGGAUCAUCAUAAAGCACUCAGCAAUAAAGCGAAAUUGACUCCUUCUGGAGAACCUUCAUUACAAAAUUCAUUAGAGAUGGCUCGAGCUAGUCUGGCACAUUUACCAUCACAUGGCUCAAGGGAAGUACUCGUAAUCUUUGGCUCACUUACUACUUGUGAUCCAGAUGAUAUCAAUAAAACCCUUGAAAACUUAGAGAAAGAUCGAAUGAGAGUCUCCAUGGUCGGUCUAGCUGCAGAGGUCAGAAUUUGUAAGGAGAUUUGUAAACGCACACAAGGUCACUAUGGCGUGAUAUUGAAUGAACAUCAUUUCAAAGAACUGUUGUUUGAGGCGAUUUCACCUCCACCGAUCGCGAAGUCGGCGUCGAACGGACCGAAAACGCAGAGCUCAAGUCUCAUCCAAAUGGGCUUCCCAAAUAAGAUCACCCAUGACGAACACCAAGUCGAUGCAUCGAGCCAUUCGUUCUGUGCAUGCCAUUCGAAGCUCCAGUCGACCGGCUUUAUCUGCCCUCGCUGUGGAUCUAAAAACUGCGAAAUCCCUACAAACUGUUCUGUCUGUGGUUUGACCAUCGUCAGCUCGCCUCAUCUGGCUAGAAGUUAUCGACAUCUAUUUCCCGUCAGCAAUUGGAUUGAAAAGAACGCUAAUUCUCUCCCAGAUCAAACUUUGAAAUGCUUUGGUUGCGACAAAGAAAUGCAAAUGAACAAACAGCCCCCGGCCAAUGAUAAAAGUAAUGGUGAUCCGGUUAAUGCCGCCAAAGCUAACAAUCCUUCAAUGAAUGUAUAUCAUUGUCCCCGAUGUAAAAAUAUGUUUUGUUACGAGUGCGAUGUUUAUCAUGAACAACUUGGCUUAUGUCCUGGUUGCUGUUAA